CGAAAACCCAUCUCCACCAUGAGAAAACGGCAAACGACCCACCAAAACGGACACAAAGUCUCCACUCCAGACAGAGAGAGAGAAACAGAGGCGGCGGUACCAAACCACCACCGCAAGGUGACGGCCCACCCCUCCGGGGUCUCGCUUCCUCUCGCUCCCUCCUCACGACGAGUCUCUGGAUCGACUGGCCGUCGUCCAAUCGCUGAAGAUUUCCUUCCGCUGAGGGAUUAAAUCCUUUUUGUAAGUUAUGCAUGUCACUCCCUGGGGCGCAUGUUGAUGAUGUGGAGAGACUUUCUUGUUGCAGAGGAUCAUCGCAUGACACUGGUUGCAUUGAUGACAAAGGCCUCUCAGUCCAUCUGUUCAAUAGUCAGGAUACUCUUGCCUCUAGUUCGUAUGUUAGCUUUAGGGUUACUGAGGUUACACUUCCCAGUGGGGACAAGUAUUGUGGCACAUUACUGGGUAACGUGCCAGAGGGAUCAGGGAAAUAUGUUUGGUCCAAUGGUUGUACUUACGAGGGCGAGUGGAGGAGAGGGAUGAGGCAUGGGCAUGGAAAAAUCAUGUGGUCUUCAGGAGCUGUUUAUGAUGGAGAAUUUUCUGGUGGAUACAUGCAUGGGAAUGGCACCUACAGUGGACCAGACAACUUGACCUACAAGGGACGGUGGAAGUUAAAUCUCAGACAUGGUCUGGGAUAUCAAACAUAUCCUAAUGGAGAUAUCUUUGAAGGAUCUUGGAUCCAGGGAGUGAUAGAAGGCCAUGGUAAGUAUGCUUGGGCUAAUGAAAACAUGUAUAUUGGUAACAUGAAAGGAGGAAAAAUGUCUGGGAAGGGUACUUUUACUUGGAAAAAUGGUGACUCGUAUGAAGGUAAUUGGUUGGAUGGAAUGAUGCAUGGUUUUGGAGUCUAUACUUGGGUUGAUAGUGGCUGCUAUGUUGGAACAUGGACCAGAGGUUUGAAGGAUGGAAAAGGAUUCUUCUAUCCACAUGGAAGCAAAAUUCCAGCUGGACAAGAACUUUAUCUUAAUGCUUUAAGAAAGCGAGGCCUGUUACCUGAUUUCAAGAGACAAAACCAUGGCUCACGCAUCCUUCAUGCUUCAUCUGUUGAUAUGGGAAAUAUGAAGGUCGGUGAAACUCGAGAAUCAGGUAACGUUCCAACUAUAAGUGUUCCCAAAGGACACCUGAUAAAUUUUGAGCAGUCUCGGGCCAAACAUGUGUCAUUGGAGCGGCGGUGGAGUCUCGAGGUUGCUAUAGAAAAAGUUAUUGGACAUGAUAUGACACUAGAAUCUGUUGCAGAGAGUGAUGAAAAAGCAGUUGAUACAAAUGUUCCAAUCCUUGAGAGGGAGUACAUGCAAGGAGUUUUAAUUAGUGAGGUAGUAAUCAGCAACAGCUUUUUAAUGUCACCUAGAAAAGCAAAGAGACGUCAAAAGAGACUGAUGAAGGAAAUAAAAAAGCCAGGCGAGGCAAUAAUAAAAGGACAUAGGAGUUAUGAUCUAAUGCUCAGCCUUCAGCUUGGAAUCAGGUAUACUGUAGGAAAAAUUACACCAAUACAAAGACGUGAAGUUCGUGCCUCAGACUUUGGGCCUAGAGCAAGCUUUUGGAUGAACUUUCCAAAAGAAGGUUCACAGCUCACACCUCCUCAUCGUGCAGAAGAUUUUAAAUGGAAAGACUAUUGUCCAAUGGUGUUCAGAAAUUUACGGGAGAUGUUCAAGAUUGAUGCUGCAGAUUAUAUGAUGUCAAUAUGUGGUAGUGCUGCACUGAGAGAGCUUUCUUCUCCAGGGAAGAGUGGUAGUAUCUUCUUUCUUUCUCAGGAUGAUCGGUUCAUGAUUAAGACCCUCCGCAAAUCUGAGGUUAAGGUCUUGUUGCGAAUGCUUCCCAACUAUUACCAUCAUGUGCGUACUUAUGAAAAUACACUCAUCACUAAAUUUUUUGGCCUUCACAGGGUUAAACCUUCUAGUGGGCAAAAGUUCCGGUUCGUUGUAAUGGGAAACAUGUUUUGCACAGAAUUGAGAAUUCACCGUAGAUUUGAUUUGAAAGGAUCAUCCUUGGGGCGGUCAACUGAUAAUGUUGAAAUAGAUGAGAACACAACCCUUAAAGACUUGGAUCUAGAUUACUGCUUUUAUUUGGAACCUUCUUGGAGAGAUGCUUUACUCAAACAAAUUGAAAUUGACAGCAAAUUCUUGGAGACUCAGCGCAUAAUGGAUUACAGUCUAUUACUAGGUGUGCAUUAUAGAGCUCCACGGCACUUACAAUCCUAUGUAUCUUUUCAUCAAAAUGUGACAGCAGAUGGAUUGACUGCUCGACCAGAAGAAGAUACACAGGAGGAUGAGAUUUUCAACUACCCACAAGGCCUUGUUUUAGUCCCACGUGUAAGUGAUGGAAAUAGUGUUGUCGUCGGUCCUCAUAUUCGAGGAAGCCGUUUGCGUGCAUCAGCGGCUGGUUUUGUGGAAGUGGAUCUGCUUCUUCCAGGCACAGCAAGGCUCCAAAUCCAGCUAGGAGUCAACAUGCCUGCAAGGGCAGAGCAUAUCCCUAGAGAUGACGGGACGGAGUUGAUCCAUGAAGUUUACGACGUGGUUCUUUAUCUAGGAAUCAUCGACAUUCUGCAGGAAUAUAACAUGACUAAGAAAAUUGAACAUGCCUACAAAUCACUUCAGUUUGAUUCUAUUUCCAUCUCAGCAGUAGACCCUGAGUUCUACUCUCAGCGGUUUCUGAAAUUUAUCCAAACAGUUUUCCCUGAAAAUGCAUAAUAUUCGAUGUAUUUGCUCAAUAUUUCCUCGGUGAGAGUCAUAAUCUUUGGUUUCA